CCAAUGGGCCACAUUUACUCAAGGGCAACGUGGUCAUUUCAGCUAGCGUCUCGUCAGCGCUAGGGUUUCGCUCCCUUUCCAACUCUCAAAACCCCUCUGACCAUAUCACUCCUGCUCGCGCUUGAGCUUCGUAGCCGACUCUGCUGAAAUCUGAGCAUUGAUCGAUCAAAAUGGUGAGGGUUAGUGUACUGAAUGAUGCUCUCAAGAGCAUGUAUAAUGCUGAAAAAAGAGGGAAGAGACAGGUUAUGAUUAGGCCAUCAUCGAAAGUGAUUAUCAAGUUUCUCCUGGUUAUGCAGAAGCACGGAUACAUUGGGGAGUUUGAGUAUGUUGAUGAUCACAGAGCUGGCAAGAUUGUGGUCGAACUGAAUGGGAGGCUGAACAAGUGUGGAGUUAUCAGUCCUCGUUUCGAUGUCGGUGUCAAGGAAAUUGAAGGAUGGACUGCUAGGCUGCUCCCUUCAAGACAGUUUGGUUAUAUUGUCUUGACUACUUCCGCGGGCAUCAUGGAUCAUGAGGAAGCCAGGAGAAAGAAUGUCGGGGGUAAAGUCCUUGGUUUCUUCUAUUAGGUGGCGUUUUUGGUCAAGGAUGUGCGAGAUUUUCUCCUAAUGGGAGCUUCCAUGUUGUUUAAUUUUCAAGUCUUCGCCCGAGAUAUAAUUGGUUUUGUUUUGUUUUAAAGUUUUUCCUGACUUUUUGAUCGAGUGACAUUGAGCUUGUCCUAUGCGCACCUUAUUCUGCUUCCUAAGAGAAGUUGAAAGCUUAUGUAGACUUUACAUUUAGCUUUAAUUCUUCAGUGGAAUUUGCUUGGCUAUAUCA